AGAAUGGUUGGAGUUAGUAUGAGUACACGUGUCAGCUUUCUCGUAAACCGAAUAAACUAUGCCCUGUAUUAGGAAGCGAUUCAUUGCCCGAUUAAGGAAAUACUUUAUUUGGAUUGCGGCAGCAAUUUAUAUAUCAAUUCUUCUCUUUAUAUAUCUCACGACAGCGCAGAAUGACCAAAGAACGAUUCGUGACACCCAAGAGAUUGAGGCUGGAAUUAAGAGGCUCAGAAAAUUGCAAAGAACUAUGUUCAUUAACCCAAAAAGACCGGACGACUCUGUCUAUAAUAUAAACAUAACACUAAGCGAACAAAUAGCCUUGGAUAGGGAAAUUCCGGAUGUUAGACCGGAAGGAUGUUCGUCUAUGCGUUACGACAUUAGUAAAAUGCCGAAAACAAGCGUCGUUAUAAUAUUUUAUAACGAAGCGCUUUCCAUGAUAUUGCGAACGGUUCAUUCUGUACUAAACCGAAGUCAUAAAUCGCUUUUAGAGGAAGUAAUUUUGGUUGAUGAUGCUAGUACCAAUGAAGACUUGAGAACCUAUUUACGGCCUUAUAUAAGCAAUUUACCUAAAGUGAAAUUAUUAACGAACAAAAAACGAUUGGGAUUGAUUAAAGCAAGAUUAUUGGGCUUUCAUAAUGCAGUAGGGGAAUUUGUAUUUUUUCAAGAUGCCCACACAGAAGCUAAUGUCCAAUGGUUAGAGCCUCUCUUGAACGAAAUAUUAAAAAAUCCACGAACCGUUAUUCAACCUUACGUCGACGAAAUCGAUACAAAAACAUUAGAGUACAGAGGAAGCACUGGCAGAGUAUCAAGAGGAGGAUUCAGCUGGGAUCUUCGAUAUACUUGGACUGAUAUACCCGAUCAUGAAUGGAACCGCGUCACUAGAUUGGCAAACGAGGAAAAUAUUCCUCCUAUUUCCUAUCCUUUUCGUAGCGCUACUUUAGUUGGCUGCGCUUUUGGUGUUUUAAAGAAAUAUUUCAUUCAUCUUGGUACUUUUGAUGAGGAUUUUAAGAUUUGGGGUGGUGAAAACAUCGAAUUAGCGUGGAGAACAUGGCAAUGCCAUGGUCAAGUUUUAACUCAUCCCUGCUCUAGAGUAGCUCAUACAUUUAAACCAUUCGCCUAUAAAUUCGACGGUGACAGAGAAAAAAUUGUUCAGAAAAAUCUCAUUAGAACGGCUGCAACAUGGAUGGAUGAUUACGCCAAAUACUUCUAUGCCAUCACUUACGCAUGGGUUUCAAAGAGAACCUAUCUUACAGACGAUGAGAAAAAAACUCUACAAAAAAGGAAAGAUUUAAGAAAGAGAUUACAAUGUAAAUCUUUCGAAUGGUAUUUGGUAAACAUUGCUCCCGAAGUAAAUAUUCCUCCCGCAGACGCAAUACAUGGUGGAGAGAUAUUUAAUACUAAAACUGAAUCUUGUUGGCAUGUUAGGUCCUCUGGAUAUAUCGGAAUAACCACUGAAUGCUUUUUUCACAGAACUGUACCGGAGAACGAAUUUUUUAUGAAACCUUCCAGACACGUAUAUAUUGGUGACAAAGUGCUAAGAGUAGACAAAGGCUCUUGGUUAUUAUAUAUUAGCGACAAAGAGCCAAGCAGUGAUAAUGAUGAAAUAUGGUCAAUGGAGCACGAUGGCUACUAUACUGGUAAAAUAGUAGUAAAUUAUAGCCAUUUGGGAAAGGCUAGAAAAGCUUGCGCCACUCAAGUCACGAAUGUACACAAAAUACACCAGAUGGAACAAAUGGUCCAAAUGACAGACUGCAGCGACACAGACAGAUUUCAAAACUGGCGUUGGACAUAUAAAUUCAAUUGGAAUUAUAAAUUUGACAAAGAUCAUGCUCAGCCAGAAAGAGAUGAAUAA